CAAACCUUUUAAGGCCCCAAAAGUUACAUGCUCCACCAGGGCACUUCCAACACACGCUGCAGUGUUGAGUUCCGGUAGCUUUGAUCCGUUAUUGGUUUCGCCGGCAAUCGCCACCGUUAGGGCUCCGAUCACACCUGAUAACAGCUUCUUUGCUAGCUUCAGCAAUCUUGAUGUCAAGGACACGCAAUGCUAUCGUUGCCACGGGCUUACUAGCUUUUGCAGGUGCAGGCUUAGUAUUCCCCUUCUACAUGGCGUCCAGGUCAUCCAAGGCGAAACCUGUGAUUGACUCGUCAAAGGCACUACCACCGCAGGCAACUUUCCGAGGGCCUUACAUCAAUACUGGUUCACGGGAUAUUGGACCUGAUCAUCGAACUUACCCGAAGAAACAGUAAUUUUGUGAAGAUAGUAACUACUAUUUGUGGGUGGAUAUGGAAGUUGAUUGCAGUGAGAAAGUAUUGAAUCUCUGCUGUUUGGCUCCGCCAGAUGUGGAAGUGAAUUGUGAGAAAGCAUGCCACCAGUUCUAUCUAUUAUUAGUGCCAAAGGUCCAGAUGCUUCCUCUUGUUGUAUGUGAGCGUGUUGCAGAUGGACGAGACUACUGGGGGGG